CAGACACAGACUCAGAGCAGUUACAGAAACAGACACAGACAGAGGGGCAACGAUAGUACCAGAACCUGAGUACAGACAGAAAACACAGUAAGUUGUUGGAGAUGUCUGAGGUCAUCUAUGCUGUGCCAGAUAUGACCAAGAAGGUCAAGUUUAACAGAGGUGAGAUGAAGGAGAGGAUUGUGGAUAUCUACGUCAGUGCAGACACCCUGAGAGACGGUGAGACCAGCACCAAGAGAGAAGAGACAGCAGACACUGCUCCUAAUAAUGGACCAGGAGACCAGCACUCAGAGCCUGAUAGCUCGGGGAAGAGACCCUUCCUAGUUGCUGCAGUGUGUCUGGGGCUGCUGUGUGUUCUACUGGCUGGGAUCAUAGGCCUAUCUGUCUACUAUAACAGAGCCAUCAAAGAUUCUGAGUAUGAAAGGAACAACUUGUCACAGAGCUGUUCCCUUUAUAAGACUAACGCAACUGCAGAGAGAGACCAGCUACAGACCAGAUACAACAACCUGACUAAAGAGAGAGACCAGCUACAGACCAGAUACAACAACCUGACUAAAGAGAGAGACCAUUUUCAGGCAAAGCUUUUUGUGAUAGAGCAGCAUUGUCAGGAGGGAUGGAGAUACUUUGACUCCAGUUUGUACUUCCUCUCUACUGAGAAGAAAACCUGGGUGGAGAGCAGACAGCACUGUCUGGAGAGAGGAGCAGACCUGGUGAUCAUAAACAGCAGAGAGGAACAGACAUUUCUCUUCAACCUCCACCUGAGAGCCUGGAUUGGUCUGACUGACUCUGUUACUGAGGGGACCUGGAAGUGGGUGGGUGGCAAAUCACUGACCACAGGGUACUGGGGGGCAGAACAGCCUGAUGAUUAUAGGCAGGAGGACUGUGUUGAGAUAUACUAUGGAGAAGAUGACCCUGUAAAGACAUGGAAUGAUGACAAAUGUACCAAAUAUCAUAACUGGAUCUGUGAGAAAGUGGUGUAACUCUCACUACUAUGGUGAGUUUUUCUCUCAC